GCCAGCCGUGGAAUUGUUGACACGUGGAGGUUUAGUGGCGGUGGCUUCGAAGCUAUCAGCGAUGACAGGGGUGGGCAUGGAGACUUCGCUUCAUGGGAGGCUGCGGGGAACCCCUCUUGAUCCGCAGGUUGAGGAGGAAGUGUCCGCGCUGGCUGUUGUGAUGACUUACAAACAGCAGUUGGAGGAGACGUACACGGUGCUUUGCCAAGCGAAUGGAGAUCUGCCAUGCGACGUUCUGCUGGAGGGAUUGGAGACCUACGACGGGUGGGAUGAUGAACUCUAUGAUCUCAUCUCUUUCCGACAGCAGGAUGCGAAUGACAGGGCGAGGGCGAUGGCCGUUUUCUAUGAGUGCAUCGACAUCCUGCAGCAGGUCAAGGAUACUUUUGCUGCCCGUCUAGCGACGAGUCGCGCAAGUGGUCCGCCGGAUACUGACAUACGCACAACAUCGACAGUACCAACAACAUCAAUAACACCAUUAACAACACCAAUUUCAUCAACGGCGAUAACGGCGGCACUGACUUUGACCACGAGCACAUUACCAGUGGUCAGUACGGUUUCGUUGCCAACACCAGCAACAGCAGUGACCGCAUCACCAAUAGCAUCAUCAACAAGAUUACGGUUGACAGCAACAACGGUACCGACAGCGGCUACACAGACGGACGCCGCCUCGUCUGCGCUGUCAAUUGCAACAUUUACACCAGUAAUAUCACUAUCUAUAGAGAUGGCGCCGUCAAAUUGUCCUGGUUGUGUCUGCCAACGGGAGCUGUUUGUGCAGGGUUCUGACGUACGGGGGUUGGAAGAGGGGGCGCCCUCUUACGUGGCGUUCGCGGGUCUGUCACGAUCGAACGUGCUUAAAAUGUGUGGCUGCAAAACCCUUGAGGAGGGGCAAGGGUUUUGUGGCAAGUGCGACCUGCGUGUUUCAGCAGACGAUUUUUGGGCCAGCAGCAGCACCGUUGGGGACACACCAAGGAAGGGUGACAUUCGUCCAAGUAUAAACAACAAUUACUGUAAUAUUGUGUGCACUGAUGAAACCACCAACCAAAUUGCUGCCGGCAUUCGUGGAGAGGAAGGCGAAGCUGGGAUGUGGGAAGUGGGAUGGAGGCGUGAAGGAGUGCGAUAGUGAGGACAGUUUUCUAUUUGUUCUCAUGCCCUCUACCCUGUGUGGAUUGCAGUAGGUGGUUGUUGUAGGUUAGCGAAUAUGAAUUCAGUUUUCCGGCUUCGAUGUCCCUCCCUUUUGCGAUUCGGUGCGAUUUUGGUGCGAUCUCGGUUUAGCUGCUGAAUAUGACGAUCGGGGGGGGAUAUGGCGAUUCCUAGAUAAUUUCGAGUGAGGUCUUGGAGAUGAUUUGAAGAUGACCAUGGAAGUAGCCAUAAUAAAUGUUUUGGUUUAUG